UGGAGACACUACACACUAUAUAAAACUCAUGAUGGUGAAUUUCAUGUGGAGCCGUUUUUAGGAACAUUGGAAGAAAACAUAAGUUUCAAACUUCCCAAAAAUAAAACAUUGUUCAAACUGGAUGAAUUCUCUAUCUACAAGGCCAACAUCAAGUUGCAUUACUUUUAUAUUAUUCAAGUACCUUAUAGUACAGAAUGGAUCACAGAAUUGCCUAUCAAUAUUAGAAAAAUGUCAUGUUUAUCAAUGAUGGUUUAUUGCUCUAAUUGCAGUUAUAACAUAGUACUGUAUGAUUCGACAAAAACUUGGAUUGUAGAUUCAAAGAGUGUUAAAAGAAACAAAAAUUGGCAAGAGCUGAAAUUUCAUAUUAAUACCACACAGAAAAUCCAUAUAUUAGCAAAUACGUCUAAUUGGCUAUCUUUAAAUAACUUCCGUGUGAGUGACUGCCAGGAAAAUGAAUUUAGAGGUUUUUUCAUCAACGGUUCCGAUAGCUGCAUGAGCCUUAAUCCAAAUGCUCAUCAAAAAGCUGAAUACUGUGUUAGCAAUAUUAAGCAUACUUGCAACGACAUUAAUCAAUUCAGGUUCAGCAAUUAUACUGUAAAAGAACAAAUCAUAGUUAAAUGUCCUCCUUCAUUAAAUUGUCAUCGCUGUAUUUAUCAAAACGAGUGUUUGGAAUGCAAUUAUGGUUAUUUAGGAUAUACUUGUGGUCAACAAGUUAACUUUACAAUAGAUUACAAAUCAAUUACGAUUUCAAGGCUGAUAAAUACAACUGUUACUUUUAAAAUUGUACAUGGUAAGAAUUUGAAAAGAAGCGCCUAUGGAAAUAAAAAAUUCACUUUCGAUAAUUUGCAACCGGGACUUACGUACAACAUUUCGAUGUUUGCAACCACAUAUGAUAAUGGGCCUUAUAUUUCACUGAGAACUAAAUGCGACAAAAUCAAUCGUCAGAAUUUCACAUACAAUACAACAAGUGAUGGUAAAAUGCAGGUCUUCUAUUCUUACGAUAAUAACAAAUCCUGUCCAAACAAUUUCCGGGUAUUAUACGGAAACCAAACGAAAGUCACACAAAACUUUGACAAACUAAUCUUCGAUUUGAAUUUCUCCGUUAAUCAAUUAAUCAUUUUGGAAAAUGAUAAUGAGUACAUUGUUCAUUUAAAUUAUGUUAAAAAAAGCAUGGAGACAGAACAGACGGUAAUCAAAAAGAUGCCAAAAACAACAAAAACAACUGAGAGCUCUGGUUUAAUCGUCAGUAUCGUACUCUCAAUUGUAUUUAGUGUCGCAAUCAUAAUUUUAAUUAUAUGGUAUUUAAAGUGUCGUAAGAAAUUACAUAAUGCCAACGAUGAGCAAGUCGAGAUGAAUUUGUACAAUAUCGCACUGCUACAGUCAGACAAUGAAAACAUUCAUCAAUUUGAUAAGGAAUUCGAGGAAAUACCAUCAAUAAACAAGCUAAUGCCGCGGCAAAUUGGAAUAUUGCAACACAACAAGUGCAAAAAUCGCUACAAUAAUAUUAUACCUUACGACUCUACCCGAGUGAGUUUAAGUACGGGAGAAGAUGAGAACGAUUAUAUAAAUGCAAACUAUAUAACGGGAUAUAAAGGUGAAAAAAGUUAUAUAGCGACGCAGUGUCCUAAAGCAAUCACUAUCAAUGACUUUUGGAUGAUGAUCUGGCAGCAAAAUGUAUCCAUAAUAGUUUGUUUAGCAAAGUUUUCAGAAGGAAAAAACAAAAUGGCUCAAUAUUGGUCGGAACCGAUCGCAGGAUACUUUAGGUAUAUUAAAGUGGAACUGGUUAGGACAGAAUGGCGUAUCGGUUAUUGUCUGAGAAUCUUUAAACUCACUGAAAAUGAAACGACAAAGACGGUUCAGCAAUUCCAGUAUACUUCGUGGCCUGAUCACGAAAUUCCUUUACAACCGAUCAGCUUAAUGCACUUUAUCCGCAAGGUACAAAAAGCGGACAAAACUAAAUGGCCUAUUGUUGUUCAUUGCAGUGCUGGAAUUGGACGUACCGGUACAUUCAUCAUGUGUGAUAAUAUGAUGAGAUUAGGCGGUGAUGUGAAGCAAUAUCUGAAAAUUAUAAGAGAUUACAGGCAGUCGAUGGUCGCAAAUGUGAUGCAAUAUAGAUUAGUUUACUUCAUAAUGAGUGAAAGUAUGGAGGGUCGGCAGACAGCAAUUUCCAAAGAAGAUUUUACGAUGAACUCUGUGAGCAUACAACGCAUUGAAGACGAUUUAGCUUAUACAGCCGAUAGAAUGUACAUUAACGAAUUAGUAGCGACGCCUAUUAAUGAUACCAUUCCUGUAACAAACUUUAAAGGUGACCUGGAAAAGCUGACGAUCAACGCUAAGUAUGUGCACGGGAUUGAAUACAAAAACCAAUAUAUCUGUACUAGGCAACCGAAUAAGAAGGACUUCACCAUUUUCUGGAGUCUUGUACUGAUGCGUAAAACUAAACUCAUCAUCUCCUUGAAUCGGAACGAGGUUAACAAUAGUUUCUGGCCAAAGAAGAACGGACUUUUAGACAAUAUGCCACAUACCAGUAUUAAGGUGAAAUUUGGAGCAGUUCAAAACUACUCAGCGUUUAACGUUUAUGAACUUAGGAUAUUAUUAGGAGGGAAGAUACUGCAGGAUAAAGCACAUAAGGUCACGCUUAUAGAUUUUCAUUCAUGGGAGAACGUGUUUAUUAUGCCAGAAAUCGAGAACUUUUACAAUUUGUACAAAUAUUACAGGACAUUUGAUGUUGAUCAAUGUAUUCUAUGUUGCUCGGAUGGCGAGAAUGGAUGCGGCAUAUUCAUGGCAUCUGAUAUGAUUCUAAAGAAACUGGAACAGGAAUCAAUGGUCGACGUGUGUUGGGCUGUUAGGAGCGUAGGGAAGUUCAAGAAAAACUUAAUUAAAAACAAAGAUCAGUUUAUGUUUUUAUAUAACAUUGCACUGUAUAUGCUGAAGAUGGACAAAGAAAUAUACGAGAAUAUCAGUCAGCAAUCCACCACGUACGAGAAUAUCUUCACUAAAUCUAUUGACUUUUAACUUGA